GCGCCCAGAAAAAUCCGGGAACUUUUAUUUAAACUAGGGUGGACGUCAGCGGAGAGUUUGCGAAAGAACACAAGGCACUUCCGGCUAUCCCGGAAGUGAGAGAACUUAAGUUCCUCCGCCGGCGGAGGGCCAGGGUGAAGGGAUGGCCUGGCGGACGGCGCGGCUGCUGCUGCUAGCCGGAGCAGCCGCACUAGCAAGCGGUUCACAGGGCGACCGAGAGCCGGUGUACCGUGACUGCUUGCUCCAGUGCGAGGAGCGGAACUGCUCCGGGGGCGCACUGAAGCACUUCCGCUCCCACCAGCCAAUCUACAUGAGUCUAGCAGGCUGGACUUGUCGGGACGACUGUAAGUAUGAGUGUAUGUGGGUCACCGUUGGCCUCUACCUCCAGGAAGGUCACAAAGUGCCUCAGUUCCAUGGCAAGUGGCCCUUCUCCCGGUUCCUGUGCUUCCAAGAGCCAGCUUCUGCUGUGGCCUCUUUCCUCAAUGGUCUGGCCAGCCUGGUGAUGCUCUGUCGCUACCGCGCCUCCGUGCCAGCCUCUUCCCCCAUGUACCCCACCUGCGUGGCCUUUGCUUGGGUCUCCCUCAAUGCUUGGUUCUGGUCCACGGUCUUCCACACCAGGGACACCGACCUCACAGAGAAACUGGACUACUUCUGUGCCUCCACUGUCAUCCUCCACUCAGUCUAUCUGUGCUGUGUCAGGACCGUGGGGCUGCAGCGCCCAGCCGUGGCCAGUGCCUUCCGGGCCCUCCUGCUGCUAAUGCUGACGGCGCACGUCUCCUACCUGAGCCUCGUCCACUUCGACUAUGGCUACAACCUGGCGGCCAACGUGGCUAUGGGCCUGGUGAACGCGGCCUGGUGGCUGGCCUGGUGCCUGCGGAACCGGCGGCGGCUGCCUCACGUGCGCAAGUGCAUGGUCGUGGUCCUGCUGCUGCAGGCGCUGUCCCUGCUCGAGCUGCUCGACUUCCCGCCUCUCUUCUGGGUCCUGGAUGCCCACGCCAUCUGGCACAUCAGCACCAUCCCUGUUCACGUGCUCUUCUUCAGCUUUCUGGAAGAUGACAGCCUCUAUCUGCUGAAGGAAUCAGAGGCCAAAUUCAAGCUGGCCUGAAGGCCCUGGAAGCGAAUCUCCCCCCUUGGGAAUCCCGUUCCUCCAUGCUGGCUCCUCUUCUCCCCACCAAUCCUUGAGAUGAUUUAUAUUUUCCUUUUAGCAUCUUGCAUUUGGACAUGAAGGGUGUGGGCCCAGAAUCAUGUAACAUGCCCGCCCCCUUACUUGCCCCCACAUGGCCCUCGCAGGUCUUGGCAUCUGUUCAGACCUGGCCUCUGUGUAUCUGAGGCUAGAAGGUGGGCAACCCCUCUGUCUUCAGUCCCAGGAGCUGAACUGGGGUGGAACUGUGUUCUUCACUCGACAGAGAGGAGAGCUGCCUCUCCCUCCCUGUCAGACUCCUCCUCACAUUCCUUUACUGCCUGGGGUGGUUUCCAGAGUCCUCUGUCCUGCGGGGAGUUCAGGUACCACAGGCCUUUGGGGAUACAGUGGGGAGCUCUUCUGUUACCCCGGUGCUCUCCUCCAGGGCACCACUAGGUGGUGCUAGAUGUCUGCUCUUUGGCUGCCCAAGUUUCAAGGCAGGUCUCUCUCCCCAUGGGAUCUAGAGGAACCAUGCUGUUGGGAUUGGGGAGCAGUCUCUCCCAGAUGCCCAGGAGGCCUCAGCACACUCCCCCUUUGGGGCCAGGGCCCCAGAGAGCCCAGGAUAGGAAUCCCUCUGGCCCCUGUGCUGCUAUGCUUGUUGGGAGCCUGCAUGUGUGUGUGUCAGGGAGACCAAGUGGGUAGGUGAUGGGAUAGUGGACGUGGACCUGGGAUGUGUGGGAUGCUGAGUGGGGCUGUGUGUGCGUGUGUGAGCACUCGCCUUGUGCAUUGUGGAAAGUGAGGGGGAGAGCGUGUGAGUGAUUUUAAAGUGUGUGUUGGAGUUUCAGGUGUGGCUCAGCAGAAACGAAUCCUACUAAUAUCCAUGAGGAUGUGGGUUCCAUCCCUAGCCCUGCUCAGAGGGUUAAGGAUCUGGUGUGGCUGUGGCUGUGGCUUAGGCUGGCAGCUGUAGCUCUGAUUCAACUCCUAGCCUGAGAUUUUACAUAAGCCGCAGGUGCAGCCCUAAAAAGCAAAAACAAACAAAAAAAGUGUGUAGGGGGGGCAGGUGGGUUCGUGGGGGUUAGGGGAACAUGCAUGGACCGAGUGUGAGUGCAGGUGAGUGUGAGUGUCACACAGUUAGGGGCGGUUGGGGGGAGUCAGAGCACCUCAACAACCAUUUUCUGAGCACCAGCUCUGCACAAAGCCCCAGGCGACACAGAGACCUAGGUUGUCCCCAAGAUCUGGCUGAGGGUAACGGUGUCCAGGCUGCAUGUCGGUUUAUGUGUUCCUUUCUUUUGCCCACCUCUUUACAAACCUCAUGGGGCUCCCGCACAACCCAGGAUCAUCCUCCAGCAUCAGCCCCCUGAGAGGCAGGGGGAGGAAGGGCAAAGGGGCUCCUCCUUGCCUAGACAUGGUUGGCCAACUUCUUGGCAGUGCCCUGUCAGCUAAGCCCCUUUGCCACUGCCUGACCCUGGGGAGGGCGGGGGCAAUCUGAGGGAAGAGGGAAGAAGGCUUGCAGCUGGGUCUGGUGUCUGGUCUUCCCAGAGGCAGGCAGGCAGGCAGGGGCCAUCCUGUGCCUGCACCCUGGUAAAGGUGACCCCUGCCAGUUGUCAGCAGCCAUAGCACAUUCCUGCUCCACGAGGAUAGAAUGUGGAGCUCCAGAAACUUUCCAUCCAAAGGCCAUCUCUGGGAUCGGACAGGGAGUCUGGAUUCUUGUUCUUUCCCUACCCUCUUGCUCCUCCCUGGGGGUCGGGGCACUGUGCCAGGACUCCAACCUCAGGGACUUGGGUGGCCAGUGUUAACUUCUUUUGAUACUAAGACCUCUUUUAAGGUAGGAGGGAGAGCAGCAAGAGACAUUCUUAAUAAACCAAUUCUCAGCCUCACCUA